AUGAUUGAUGGGAAAUUAUCAAGUUCGCCACAUUGUGAACUCCGCCAAUUUACGGGCCCGCUUCGUCGGCGGAGCUUUGAUGUUCUUUAUCCUCCGAUUGUAAAUUGCACGAAAAUGGAUCGAAUAAGCUGCUUUUGUACACCAAGGGAAAAUCAUUAUUGUGAUCUGACCACACGAAAGAUGCUGUGUGAUCCUGGCCAGCAGCAUUGUCUUUUGGUUCUUAAACGCAUUGGGGGUGAAAAUUAUCAAACUCAGUUUCAGGGGUGUUGGAACUGGACCAUCACGCAAACAUGCCCAUCGGAACCGGGUGUGUGUUACAACUUCAGGUCUAAUGAUGAUUUCGUGACAUGUUGUUGCAAAGGUGACUCUUGUAACGAACCUACUAUACCAGUUAAGCGGAUUCCAGGAGACCAAGGUUCGUAUCGCUUUGUUUGCUAUCAUUUCAUGCCAGUUAAAAGGGUACCCUUUCUUGUCACUGGUCCUGACCCCUACAAUCGUACACAUGAAAAGACAAUUUCUACGAGGCCACUUUCUCCAUUCUCGAAUAAUCCAACUCUUUUCUACGCUGUCGCAUUGCCCCUCCUUCUUCUAGUUCUACUGAUUGUCGUCUUCAUUUUUAUUAUCCUCCGCCGGUACAGACAGGCUGCACAUACCCUUGGAAGUGCCGGUGUUGGAGGCAGCUCUAAACUGAGCUCCGAGAAACAAAAAUCGCUGUUUCGUUGUCAUAACUUCUUUCCUCCAUCCUUGAAAAUGUGUUUUUCUAAAAACAGACCCACUAAUGAUGGAUACCAGUUCGGUGCCACAGAUGGCCUUCUCUGCCGUUCUUGCCCCCCAAACGGAACGCCUUGUGUCGUUUGUGGUAAGUGCCUUCUUGCCCAAACAGGCGGCUCGCAGCUUGUGCCACAGUUGACUCGCCCUUUGCUUGGAGGUGGUUGGCUCGCUGAAGACGAACUUGAAGAGCUUUCACAGAUCUGUACCAAAGUCCGGAUAUGUUCCCGUGGCCGUUUUGGCGAAGUGUGGCUCGGUCGACUGACUCAGUCUGAUCAUGAGACUGCUCGCGACGUAGCCAUCAAGGUAUUUCCCGCAGCUGAAAAGAAAAGCUGGGAAGCUGAAUUGGAAUUGUACCGUCUUCCCCAGUUAAAGCAUCCUAACAUUCUGCACUACAUUGGCGUCGACAAGGGAGAAGCGGGCAGUGAUCGAGCCUGUGGCUCGGGUGAAAAUUCUGUUAUUGAAUACUGGCUUGUGACAGACUACUUGCCCCUUGGCUCCGUGUAUGACUACAUUCGCGUGAAGGAGCUCUCUUGGGGGCAGAUGCUGCGGAUCGCUGCCGGCAUGGCUCGUGGACUCAGUUACUUGCACACGGAACUCCCUCGCACUGCCUCCCAGUUCCCCAAACCGAGCAUCGCCCACAGAGACUUCAAGUCUCGCAACGUGCUGCUCAAAUCCGACUUGACGGCGUGCAUUAGUGACCUCGGGCUGGCGACGAGGCUCGAAACUGGUCGUGGAAUCGGCGAUGCUCAUUUACAGGUGGGAACUGGACGUUACAUGGCUCCCGAGGUGCUGGACGGUGCGAUCCAAUUUACCCGCGACGCAUUUCUCCGAAUCGACGUCUACGCUCUGGGCUUGGUCAUUUGGGAGCUGAUGACACGAGCCCAUGGUCCGCGUGAUCCCCCGCCCGACGACGACACGACACCCUGCCUGCCCCCCUACAUGGCCCCCUUUGAGGCUGAACUGGGACCCGCUCCAAGCAUGGAACAGUUGCAACUCUGCGUGGCCAAGCUCAAAAAGCGUCCCGAGCCCAGUCCGCGAUGGGAGAACGAUCAAGCAUUCACGCAGUUGUGGGAGACCGUGCAGGACAGUUGGGACCAUGACGCCGAGGCCCGCAUCACCGCUGGUUGCAUCGCAGGCAGGAUUCAGAACCUCAGUCAGAAGCACCCACCCUCGCCAGACGACCCCGCCCGCCUCCUCCCGUCCCUCUCGUCGACCUCGUCAAUCAACACAUCUGCUUCGUCGGCGUUUUCCACGCUGGGUUUCGCCCAGACCCCCUCCGCCCCCAAACAGUCCCCUGAUUUCGUACCCUUGCUUGCACUCCCCUCCUCUGACCCCGUCGCAUCCAAUGCUGACCAAGCCGCAGUGAUCGUAGUCUAG